CAUGCGAUUGGACAAGUUGCUUCUUUUGUGUUUGGUAACAAUGUAUGGCUGGGGCCAAUGUACGUCUGGAGGGAGUUUCGAUAGAGGAUGGGACAAGAUGGAGCUAAAAAGAGUGGAUUUGGCUAAUGAAGAAUACACUAUGGACAUGCAUUACUUGUUCGAUAGACUGCAGGCUACUGGAAAGUGGGACGAGUUCGCGAAGUUGAAUGACAAACUUAAUUAUGAAGAAAAUGCUCGAAUAAUGGGGAAAUUUUCGAGGGAUUUACUCAAUGAAUUAAAAGCAAGCAAACUAGCUCAACAGGAAAAACAAGUACCUUCUGGCAAGCCUAGCCCUGGUAUGUUUGGCUACUGGGCUGAGACAGAUAAAGAAACGCGAAAUCUGCGACCUGGAACUAACCCACGAAGUCCACAAUUUUCACCCGGAAAUUUUCCAAGUGCAAACUAUGCUCCUGGAAAUUUCCCACAUCCAAACUUCUCCCCGGGAAAUUUCCCAUCAUUAAAUCGUAGGCCGCCAUACGGCCAAAGCCAGCCGAAUCCUGGCAUUCCUCCGAGAAACACCUUGGACUCCACUUUGAAGAAAUAUGCUGCCUUAGAUGAAUUUGAUAAGAAAAUGUCACCGCUUUAUAAAACACAACGGGACUUCAUGAACCUACCUGAUGAUCUGCCUUACGAAAACCGUCCACCAUCACUUAUGUUUACAACGCCGAAUCAAAGCUCGGAGAAUAAGAUUCCUUCGGUGGAUGAUUUUCGAGCGCCAAUCCAGUGGGUUCCAAUGAAUUCUAAUUUGACCAGCGAUGGACUUGCGAGAGUUACCGAUCACAAAACGGGACAAAACCUCCAAAUUAAAGUAAAUGGAACAAUCUUCGUUCCAGUUAUAGACAAGAGGCUCGACCAUUUGGGUAUAACCGUAAGUCAACAAUUUGAUUUAAACUAA